GAGGGGCUCUGCCCUGGGCUCCCCCGCCGGGGCCAUGGCCACAGCCCAGGAGAUGAUCGAGCUGAAGAACCUAGAGCUGGAGAAGCGGAUCGACCUGACUCGCGAGCCCCGGGGCACCCCGGAGCGCCCCGUGCGCCUGGAGCGCACCAACGCCCUACGCAUCACGCCCGGCAAGGUGCCCGAGCUCCUGAGCCGCGUGCGGCAGAUCCGCCUGCUGGGCGGGCAGAGCGACCCCCGGCUGACGGGCCAGCUGGGCGAGGGCCACGCCUUCCGGCCCUGCACCCGCGGCCAGCAGACCUGGUGUGACUUGUGUGGAGAUUUCGUCUGGGGAGGCCCCCGGAAGAGCCUGCAGUGCGCCCACUGCAAGUUCACCUGCCACUAUCGGUGCCGUGCCCUGAUCCGGCUGGACUGCAGCGGCCCCCGGUACCAGGACAGCGAUCCGGCCGAGGCCAACGAACAGACAGUGGAGAAAGACACCAACGUGGAUGAGCAGAUUGACUGGGAGAAGCCGGUUCUGACCCAAGCCGAGAUCGAGCAGAAGAUAAAGGAAUACAACAGCCAGAUCAACAGCAACCUCUUCAUGAGCUUGAACAAAGAUGGCUCCUACACUGGCUUCAUCAAGGUACAGCUGAAGCUGAUUCGGCCGGUUUCGGUGCCAGCCAGCAAGAAGGCGCCCUCCAUUCAGGACGUCAAUAAGGCACCGCGCUCCCAGGUGGUGACGCGCCGCACGUCCUUCUACCUGCCCAAGGACACGGUCAAGCACCUGCACAUCAUCUCCCGCACCCGCGCCAGCGAGGUCAUCGAGGCCCUGCUCAAGAAGUUUAUGGUGGUUGACAACCCCCGCAAGUUCGCUCUCUUCGAGCGAGCUGAGAAGGACGACCAAGUGUACCUGCGGAAGCUCUCAGACGAGGAGCAGCCCCUGCAUCUCCGGCUGCUGGCUGGCCCCAACGAGAAGGUCCUCAGCUUUGUUCUGAAGGAGAACGAAACUGGAGAGGUCAAUUGGGACGCCUUCAGCAUGCCCGAGCUGCACAACUUUCUGCGCAUCCUGCAGCGCGAGGAGGAGGAGCACGUCCGGCAGAUCCUGCACAAGUACGCCCGCUGCCGCCAGAAGAUGCAGGAGGCACUGACUACCCGCACCCCGGGCUGAGCCACCCCGUCCCGGACCUGACACUCCAACUGACACCAGGUGGCUAGGAGAAGAGGCGGCGAAGCCAGGCGGACAUGGACGGAUCCGCUCCGGGACUAUGCUUGUGGGUCGGGAGCUCCCCUGCAUGG